CUGGUUCAUACACGGCCAACAACUCAUUUUACAACUUGGUUUGGUUAUGAGAAGGUAGCUCAAGUACACUAAUUGGGGAAGUCAAUGAGAUUAUUUUCAUGAAAAUUACUUAAUUAUUUAUGAAUCCUUAUGAAUGGGCUCAAGAACAAUGAAGUUCCUUGCUAGUUGCUAGUCAUGCAUAUGGAACAUGAUACAUCAAAGCUAAGGACAAAAUUAGGGGCAAAGUGCUAUUAAAGAACUUUUCUUUGUAUAAGAAGCAUGUCUCAAAUGGCAGAAACAAUAUAUUAAAACAAGAAUCCUUAGGCAAAAGUUAGAAUUGAGCAAUCUUAUUAGUUGGAGUUCAUUUGACAUUCAAAAUGAUCAGGAAUACAUGUUUAUUUGAUCAUCUGUGUUUAAAGCUAAAAAGGGAGCACUGAAAAGUAGAAAAAGCAACAAGUUGCUACCUUUUAAUGAUAGCUAAUGUUAGGCUGCACUGCUCAAUGUUUAAGUGAUUUUAAGAUGAUGGAAAGAACUAACAUGCUGUAUAUUCUAUAUACCAACUCCUUUUAAAACUAAACCAUGAUUUGAGAGUUGGUGAUGAAUCUAAUAAACAAGGCAUGAAAAAGAACCCUUCUCUGUUUCUUCCCCUUUUCUUUAUAAUAGCAGCCAAAGCAAUCCAAGCUGUGCCUCGGCGAAAAGAGUUAAAUCUUAUCGUUACAGACGAAGGAAGAAGACACUUCAAGAUUUUCUACCUUCUAAGUUGGCCUUCAUACUAUGGUAACAUCUCCAUCUGCUUCCUCUAUGUCUGCUAACCUGCAGGAGGAGUCAAGCUUGGAUGUCUCCAUUCCACAGAACCAGCUGUUGUCAGAAAGUCUCAAGGGUCUGAGGAACAUGCGAUCGCAGUUAUACUCGGCAGCAGAAUAUUUUGAACUAUCUUACAAGAACGACGACAAGAAAGAACUAAUCUCAAAGACUUUGAAAAGUUAUACUCUUGAGACUCUUGCUGAUGCUGUGAAUCGAUUAGGCUUGGUAUCGAAUAAUGUAAACAACCUUCUCCAUCAAGAAGUUAAUGAGAUCUCUGCUGCAGAGUUUCAAGUAUCAUGCAUUGAGCAGAGAGUUAAUACAUUUCAAGCAUGUCUAGACAAGGAAGGCCUUCAUGAACAAUCCCAUUUGAUCAAAUCUCCAAAGCAUCACAAGCACUACAUUCUACAAGGUGAUGAACCUAUGCAAACGUAUGAAGGCAUACAUCCACCUCAAGAGGCCAGCAAACUAAGAAAGCAUAAAACUGCUCGACGCAGGUUGCCUCCUCCUCCUCCUGUCCUUAGUUCAUACACUCUGACUUGGCCCUUGCCGCGACUUGGGAAGACAUUUUUAGAUAAAAGUAAGCUGAUUGCACAGCUUCAGGAAGAUCCUAAUUGUGCUCUUUACGACAUAGAAAGAAGAGAAAAUUCACAACUUCAAGCAAAUCGACCAUUUAUAUCUGACUCAUGGCCGAAGUAUAAUUUGGAGUCGCAACAUUCACUUCCAGUAUACUUGCAUGAUGGUGAGAGGAUCAGACGCAGAGAGACCGAGGAGGGAAAUCGAAGAAAAAAGAGGGGAUUUUUCAAGGGCUUGUUCUCAAGGAAGAGUUCAUGGACUGACGAGCCUAUGUAUAAUUAUUUAGAUGAAUAUUGAGCAAGCUCAAGGAAGAAGAAAGACAAAACAAAAAAUGAAGAAGAUUAUUUUCUUUGUUUUGAUGGUGUAGAUUAUUAAUAAAACUAAUUGAUUCAGACAUUCAAUCAGUGGAAUGAUAAUAGU